AUGUGCACCGGGAAGUGCUCCCGCCUGGUGGGCCUCACCCUGGUGGCCGCGGCCCUGGCCUGCAUCGUGGCCAACGUGCUGCUGCUCUUCCCCAACGCUCAGAGCGAUUGGACGCCGGACCACAUCACCACGCAGGCCUGGCUCAUGGGGGGCGUCAUCGGCGGGGGGCUGAUGGUCCUCUGCACUGGCUGCUCCUCCGUGCGGGCCGGUGGGAAGGGAUGCUGCGGCUACGGAUGCUGCGGGAAUCGCUGCCGGAUGCUGCGCUCCGUCUUCUGCUCCAUCUUCGGGGGGCUGGGCGCCUUCUACUGCCUGGUGGUCUCCUCCACCGCCCUGGCUGAUGGGCCCCUGUGCGAGACGGAAGGCCAGAAGUGGGAAUCCCCCUUCAAGAAUCGCAGUGACAGCUAUCUUCAAAACAAGGCGGUGUGGGAGGUGUGCCUGAACCCCCCCUCCAUCGUCCUCUGGCACAUCGUCCUCUUCUCCAUCCUGCUCGGGCUGAGCCUGCUGGAGACGGUGCUGUGCGGCAUCCAGGUGGUCAACGGCCUCCUGGGCACUGUCUGUGGCGACUGCCGCAAAGACGCCGACCGAGCCGGGGAAGGCCUGUGA